GAAGUAGCAGUCACUUGAUUGUCCAAUCAGGAGCGAGGAAAGCACAACAACGGCUCCAUGUUUGAUCAGCCUCUCUCCUUCACUUACUCGGGCUUCGUGUCUACGCACAUUGUCCGAGGCUUCAAGCUAACGGCUCUAGUCGAGAGGGUUCUACUCAGGAGGAUGUAGCCGCACUCCCACAUCCAGAUGCUGCGUUUACACCAGAUCGUUUUAACAGCUGUGGAUUUGGAUGACUGAACCCUGGCAUGUCGGCUGAGGAAGAAAUAACUGUAACCGCCACAGUGGCAUAAUGUUCACAGUUACCGAGUUUGCGUCCUUGAAUGACGUGCAGCCGACGUACCGUAUUCUGAAGCCAUGGUGGGACGUCUUCAUGGACUACCUGAGCCUGGUCAUGCUGAUGCUGGCCCUGUUUGCCAUGACCAUGCAGAUCACCAAGGACCAGGUAGCCUGCCUUCCUUUAAUGGAGGAAUCGCAGGAGGCUGCAGGAAACAGUUUGAGCCCUACCGCUACAGGGAUCAAGACCGAUUUGGACUAUCAACAGUAUAUGUUUAUUAACCAAAUAUGUUAUCACCUUGCCUUGCCCUGGUAUUCCAAAUACUUUCCCUACCUCAUCCUCAUCAACACUGUCAUCCUGAUGAUCAGCAGCAAUUUUUGGUUUAAAUUUCCCAAGACCAGCUCCAAAGUUGAGCAUUUCGUUUCAAUUCUGUGUCGGUGUUUUGAAUCACCGUGGACUACAAAGGCUGUAUCCGAAACGGCCUGCGAAGACUCUGAGGAGAACAAACAGAGGUUGAGUGGCACCUCGUUUGCACAUAAUAAGGCGUCUUUAGAGGGAAAAGAGGACAGCUCAAACGCCACCCCAAGCUCCCCCAUGCUUGGAGGGGUGGUCUCCGCAGAUAAGCCCAUUGCAGAAGCUCCUAUCAGUAUGCCAAUCUUGGAUAAAAAGGACGGGGAGCAGGCCAAAGCCCUGUUUGAAAAAGUGAGGAAGUUCCGAGCUCACGUGGAGGACGACGAUUUUAUUUACAGGUUUUACGCAGCGCAGACCAUUUUCAAAACGGUCACAUUCAUCACCAUGCUUUCCCACACGUCAAGCUUUUUGGUUCAAAUAAAGUUCGUACACAUCUGUGAGAAUGACGUCAAAUCGUUGGUGGGGUAUGACCGUUUUUUUUGUACGCAUAACAUGGCUUUCAUGCUGGACAAGAUGCUCAUUUGCUACAUAGCUCUGAUGAUAAUGUAUGGAAUAGUGUGUCUCUACUCUCUCUUCUGGGUAUUCCGAGGACCUCUGAAGGAGUAUUCCUUUGAGAAGGUCAGGGAAGAGAGCAGUUUUAGUGACAUUCCUGAUGUCAAAAAUGACUUUGCAUUCCUCCUACACAUGGUUGACCAGUAUGAUCAGCUCUACUCCAAGCGCUUCGGCGUCUUCCUGUCUGAGGUGAGCGAGAACAAGCUGAGGGAGAUUAGCCUCAAUCACGAGUGGAACUUCAAAAAAGCCAGAAAGUGCGUGACGCGCAACGCACAAGACCAGCAGGAGCUGCACCUUAAGAAUCUCUUUGGUCUCCCAAAUGUGGUCUUUGACCUCACAGACUUGGAAGUGCUAAAGCUAGAGAAGAUUCCUGAGGUGAGAUUCUCCGCCAAGGUCUCUCAGAUGACCAGCCUGAGGGAGCUCCAUCUCUACGAGUGUCCGGCCAAAGUGGAGCAGACCGGUUUUGCGUUCCUCCGGGACCAUCUCUACUGCCUGCAUGUCAGCUUCACUGACGUGGCAGAGAUCCCCACGUGGGUCUACUUGCUGAGGAACCUGCGAGAGCUUAACCUCGUCGGGAACUUGAGCUUGGAAAGUAACCGGAUGGUUGGUCUGGAGUCCAUGCGGGACUUGAAGCACUUGAAGACGUUACACCUGAAGAACAACCUCACCAAAUUGCCCACAAACAUCACGGAUGUGUCGCAGCACCUUAUUAAGUUAGUGGUGCACAAUGACGGCACUAAACUCCUGGUGCUGAAUAGUCUGAAAAAGAUGAUCAACCUCAUUGAACUGGAGCUGCUUAGUUGUGAACUAGAGAGGAUUCCUCACGCCAUUUUCAGUUUGAUCAACCUCCAAGAGCUCGAUCUGAAAGCUAACAACAUCCGAACCAUAGAGGAGAUCGUCAGCUUCCAGCACCUCAAGAGGCUGACGUGUCUGAAACUGUGGCACAACAAAAUAACCACCAUCCCAUCCUCCAUCGGCCUGGUCAAGUCUCUGGAGUCUCUCCACCUCUCGCACAACAAACUGGAGUCCCUGGCUCCGGCCUUGUUCAAGCUACCUAAACUACGACAUUUAGAUGUGGCUCACAACUUCAUCACGGUCCUCCCGCCAGAUGUGGGCCUCCUGCUGGACCUGCAGCACCUGGACAUCACUUCCAACAAGCUGGAGGUGUUGCCAAAACAUAUGUUCAAGUGCACCAAGCUGAGGGUGUUAUGCGUGGGCCACAACGCCCUCACCGACCUGCCGGAAGCCGUGGGCGAGCUGGUUCAGCUCACUCAUCUGGAGCUGAGAGACAACUGUCUGUACAGGCUGCCUUCCCAGCUUGGCAACUGCCGCCGGCUGCGCAGAAACGACCUGCUUGUGGAGGACCACCUCUACGAGAUGCUGCCUGUGGAGGUGAAGGAGAGCAUCAGCCGAGACUACAGCAUGGCGAGUACAAGUGCUUUAUAGCACUAAACGUAACGGGCUGGCCUGCUGGAAGCUUUGUGGAACAAAGUAGUCCUUUCACAAUUAUUGUAUUUUUGAUAGCUACACAAAUGAAUGCAGUUCCAUUGUUGUAUUAAUGGAUUGUCUUACUUAGUUGCUCACUCUAUGUAAAAAGAAAAUGAAUGUGCACCUACCUGGUAUUUAAAUGAACUCUUUUUUUCCCUUUUUUUUAUAGUUUAACAAUACCAACCAAACCUAUGUGUAUCAUCUUUUUCAAUGUAGAGCCUCUCAGGUAUAAUUAUACACGGUACGGUGUGUUUUUCCACAGUGGGCCCGAAAACCCCCCACAUUCUCUUUUCCGUUUUGUUCUGCGCACUACUUCAAGAAUAUUUCACCACUCGUUUUUUGUCACAGUUCAGGUUUUUAGUGUUUGGUCAUAUAAUCACAGCGUCAACCGCAAAGUUGUCGAAAUUAUUUCUUUGCACAUUGAGAUCAGCAAAUGUUCUGUGAAUAUGUCUUCCGAGGAUUGCAGGACAUUUACACCGUUUCCUCAAGCUGUAAAAUGUAAAAAUACGCUAAACCUGUGUAUUAGAUUAAAGGACUAAUUACCCUUUUGUGUUAGAAGAAAGAACUUGAAUAGUAACUAACGCAUUGCGGUAGAAAAUGAAUGGAUUAAAAUGCAUUAAAAGGUUUUAUAUUUUGAACGUUAUUUCAACACUGUGAUUUCUGUAAUGUUUUACUUUAAAAUGUCUCCAAAACAUUUUUUUAUAUACAUUUUAUCGUGAGAAGAACAAAAGAGCCUCAUCUGGCUCCCGACCCAUAGGUUCCCUACCCGUUUUAGAAGAGAGAACUUGAACGGUAAACCCGUCUGCCUUUAUUUCUGUAUUUAUAUGUGUUGUAAGUCAGUAGAUUCAUUGUCACAGCUGCUGUAUCACCUCAGUGUCCAACGCUCACAAGUUCACAUCUUUUAUGGCUCAAUAAAAGAUUUUUCAUGACACCGUUCAUCAGUAUCUAUCGUCAGUACAUGUUUUUACCAUAAAAUGAUAACAGAUGCGAUUGCGUGAAGGCUAUCUGUCAUUGAAUGUGGAUGGAUUCCUGAACUGCACAAGAAAGGCCUCUCGCUUGACGGGGAUUUUAAAUAUCUGCAAAAAUCCUGAGCGGUAUGGGACAAUAAAGUCAAGCAGUAGACUGCAGAAAAUGUCAGGAUCCGAGGGGUUUGUCCAUGCAGACACGGGUCAAUCCUCCAUUCCCCAAAUUAAAGCCCUUAUUACUGAUGCUGGCUGCAGACCUGCCGGUGUUGUGCCGAGUUUGGCAUCCAUGCCGAGAUCUGCAUGCAGGUCGCGGGAGCGCGCACGCUCAGCUGAAAACCACACCGUGCUAUUCUUAAAGGCACAGUACUUCAUGAUAACGAAGCGAUGGUACGUUUUGUCAGCUUUAUGGGUAACUAUACAGCACCCAAAGCACGAAUUUCUUGGCUUUAUAUUUGUUAGAUAUGUGGAAGCAUUUGAUUCAAGCAUAUCUAGAAACGCGGUGGGAGGAGCAGGUUAGACAUUCACAAUGUAACUGUGGCACUUUGUUACACAGUUGUCCCUCGAUUUAUUUGUUUCUGCAUAACAAAUGACAAAUUACCAAGCUCAUUCAUUUAUAGAAAA